AUGAGUGUAACUGGUAUUGCAUCAAGAGUCGAAACCUGGCUUUCUGCUAUGUGGCAUAUUAAAGUACCUCAUAUGUGGGUGGAAGCUUGUAUUAACUGGAUCCAGGAAGAAAAUAAUAAUGCCAUAUUGAGUCAGGCUCAAAUGAAUAAGCAAGUGUUUGAGCAAUGGCUGCUAACAGACCUGAGAGAUUUGGAGUAUCCUGUUUUACCUGAAAACAUUUUAGAAGCCCCAAAAGGAGAACUGAGUGGAUUUUAUGCUCUACAGGUUAAUUCUUUCAUUGAUGUAAGUCAACCUGCAUAUUCCCAAAUACAAAAGUUAAGAGGAAAGAAUACAGCAAAUGAUCUAGUUACAGCCGAAACACAAAUACCUCAAAAACCUUGGGAAGCAAAGCCUUCACGAAUGUUGAUGCUACAGAUAACUGAUGGAAUUCUACAAAUUCAGGGAAUGGAAUAUCAGGCAAUUCCAGCUCUUCACAGUGAUCUUCCUCCAGGUACAAAAAUUUUGAUUUGUGGAAACAUUUCUUUCCGUCUUGGUGUUCUCUUACUGAAACCAGAAAAUGUAAAAGUAUUGGGAGGUGAAGUAGAUGCUCUUUUAGAAGAUUAUGCACAGGAAAAAGUACUUGCUGGAUUAAUUGGGGAAACUGAUGCGUUAGUUUCAGUCACACCAAAUAAUCCAAACCAUAGCAUUCCCAUAACUACAGAUGAUCUAGAUCCUGUGUUUGGACCUUCUGAUGAGGAACUGUUGGCAAGUCUUGAUGAAAAUGAUGAACUUGCAGCAAAUAAUGACACUAUGGAAACAGGAUAUUUUAGUACAGAUAGUUCUUCAAAGAUUAAAACCACAAGACAGCCAAGUUUGAAGCUAGGAUUUGCUGUUUCUCAAAGAUCACAGGAGGAAACAAAUCAAUCUAUGCAUUUUAAUGAUGGAGAAUUAGAUGACUUUUCACUGGAGGAGGUCUUGCUUUUAGAAGAAACUGCUUGGAAAGAAGAACUAGAGACUAAAAAUUUGCAGCUAUUGACAAUGAACAGGGAUACAGAUAAAAAUACAGAGAGAAUUUCACAUAAAUCAGAUACUCCGAAUAAUUUUUCUUUGAUUUACAAGAAUGGAAACACUAAUUGGAAUGAGAAAAAGACAUCUGAACAAAUAAAUAAUAAAGACCAAUCUUUUGGUCAUCUAUCUGCUGGAGAGCAAAAUAGUAAUGCUUUUUCAGUUGAUAAUGAUGAUUUUACAAAUACAGAUAACUCACAAACAAAUAAGAGAGUAAAACAAACUAUCAGCAGUUCAUAUGAACAUAACUUAAAUAAUGCAAGUAGAGAGCUAGUCAAUUAUGUGUCAAAAAAGAGUUUACAAAUGCCAAAUGAAAAUGAUCACCAUUUCCAGACUUUAAGGUCUUCAGAAAUCAGCAGUAAUCUUAUCACUGUGGACUUGUAUUCUCCACCAUUUACCUAUUUGUCUGUUCUAAGGUCCAGCAAACCAAAGGAAAUUACAAUUGUUAAAAUUAAAGCAUUUAUUGUAACCUUAACUGGUAACCUAACAAGCUCUGGUGGCAGUUGGAAUAUAACCGCUAAGAUUUCUGAUGGCACUGCCUAUCUAGAUGUAGGCUUUGUAGAUGAAAUACUUACUAGUCUUAUAGGGUUUUCAGUACCAGAAAUGAAACAGUUAAAAAAAAAUCCUCUUCACUACAAGAAGUUUCUGAGAGGUUUGGAGAAAUGUCAGAGAGAUCUAAUAGAUUUAUGUUGUUUGAUGACUAUUUCAUUUAAUCCCUCCUUGUCUAAAGCAGUGAUUGUGUCAUUACAAGACGUUAAUAUGGAACACCUUGAAAAUCUAAAAACACGGUUGAAUAAAUACUAA